GCAUGAAACGCAUCGAUAAUGUUGAAGUAAAAAGGAAGAGUCUUUAUUUGAUAUUAGAGCGUUUGAGACACUGCACUAAAUUACAUUGUGAUUUACCGAAGAGACGCACUCAGACCUAACUAAUCGCAACGCUUGGUUUAGGUUAGUUAAUCGAACACUGAUCAACUCGAUGAGAAAAAAUGGCGGAUGACAAGGAUCCCCUGAAACGGUUGAAAGACCUGACGCAGCUCAAAAAUCAGUUGGAGGACAUCCAGAAGCGAGUGGAGAACGAAAUCUCUGUGGGAAUUCCUCAGGGUGGCACACUGUUGGGAUCUCCGUUCCUCAAGGGCUUCCUGGCCGGUUAUGUGGCGGCCAAACUCCGCUCUUCCGCCAUCUUUGGGCUGCUCCUGGGGACUGUCACUGGCAUAUAUGCAGCACAGAACUAUCAAGUGCCCAACAUUGAAAGGACCAUCAAAGACCGUCUCAACAACUUGAAAAAAGGCUCCAAGUAA